AUGGCUUCAAAGGUCUCAUGCUUAUAUGUUUUGACAGUAGUUUGUUGGGCAAGUGCUCUCUGGUACUUAAGUAUAACUCGCCCUACUUCUUCCUACACUGGCCACAGACAGGUCAGUAGCAUAUCUAUAGCCAGAAAAAACGUUUCCUUUGGCAACAUAAGAACUCGACCUAUAAAUCCACAUUCCUUUGACUUUCUUAUCAAUGAACCCAACAAAUGCGAGAAGAGUGUCCCUUUCUUGGUCAUUCUUAUCAGCACAACUCACAAAGAGUUUGAUGCGAGGCAAGCCAUUCGAGAAACGUGGGGAGACGAAAACAACUUUAAAGGAAUUAAAAUCGCCACACUAUUUCUUCUCGGAAAAAACGCAGAUCCUGUAUUAAAUCAAAUGGUAGAGCAAGAAAGCCAAAUUUUUCAUGACAUUAUUGUGGAGGAUUUUAUCGACUCCUAUCAUAACCUCACUCUGAAAACAUUGAUGGGGAUGCGGUGGGUAGCAACAUUUUGUUCAAAAGCAAAGUACGUCAUGAAGACAGACAGUGAUAUUUUUGUGAAUAUGGAUAAUCUUAUUUAUAAGCUGCUCAAACCUAACACCAAGCCAAGGAGAAGGUACUUCACAGGUUACGUUAUAAACGGAGGACCAAUACGAGAUGUUCGCAGCAAGUGGUACAUGCCGAGAGAUUUGUAUCCUGACAGCAAUUAUCCACCCUUCUGUUCAGGCACCGGCUACAUAUUUUCAGCUGACGUAGCGGAACUGAUUUACAAAACUUCCCUUCAUACCAGACUUCUUCAUCUUGAAGAUGUGUAUGUUGGACUCUGUCUUCGGAAGCUGGGCAUUCACCCCUUCCAAAACAGUGGCUUCAAUCACUGGAAAAUGGCUUACAGCUUGUGCAGGUACCGCAGGGUGAUCACAGUGCACCAGAUAACACCAGAAGAAAUGCACAGAAUUUGGAAUGACAUGUCCAGCAAGAAACAUCUUAGAUGUUAAGAUUUUUACAGAUGUAAAUACCUUUUUUUUAAGAUUUUGAUUUAGCGUGGUUAUUUUUUGACAAAGUGAUCUGCUGAUUUACAGGUUAAACUGUGGGAUAUUAACUGUGAAAGGAUUUUUAAUAACUGAUUUUUCAUUCUCAUUUUGACUACUGGUUUACAGACUUCAGGCUCUUUUCAUAAGGACAUUACACCAAGCGAAAGGAUCUAGAGUCCAGUCUCAGAUUUUGUAUAUUAUCUUCUAUCACACA